UCCUGGUCCAGACGAUCGGCGCGCAGGACAACUUUCACUCGCGUUAUAAGGCAUGGCAUGCAGCCUCUGAGGAAACGGAUGAAAAUCUACUGAACAUAAAAGAGAAGAAGAAUCUACUAAAGAUAAAAGACAAGAAGAAGAGACGAUUGAAGGAUUUUAUUUUGUUAAUCAACCCACGAGCAUGUCGAGAUAUCACCUUCUGUCCGCGUGGUAACCUGCAGCUGAACGCUUCUCUGAGACCGUCGGGAUGGAUCUGUGGGGACUCUAUCUGUUUCAUCUCCUAACUCUGGCUCUGUUAGAGGUGAUCCAGGCCGGGAGAGACUGCUUGCUGGCCGGAGACUCAUGCUCGGGUGAUGAGACUUGCAGUCCACGUCUGCGGACUUUGCGGCAGUGUGUGGCGGGUAAUGGCAGCGUGAAGCUGGGUCCUGGUGCCAGGAGUCAGUGUGCCAAUGCAGUGUCAGCCCUGCUGUCCAGCCCCUUACAAGGCUGCCAGUGCAAACGAGGCAUGAAGAAAGAGAAGAACUGCCUCAGCAUCUACUGGAGCCUUCAUCAGUCCAUCAUGCACGGACUGAACCUGGUGGAGAGUUUUCCCUAUGAGCCUGUACACAGGGAGUACGACUACGUCCGCUUGGCCUCUAUAGCAGCUGAGUCCGAUGUUGGCAUGACGACAGUGAACCGCUGCCUGGAUGCAGCGAAGGCCUGCAAUGUGGACGACGUGUGCCAAAAGCUCCGCACAGAGUACGUCUCGGCCUGCAUCAAACCCACCGCCAAGUCGGGGCUGUGCAACCGGCCUAAAUGCAACAAAGCGCUGCGCAGGUUCUUUGACCGCGUCCCCGCUGAUUACACACACGAACUGCUCUUCUGCCCGUGUACAGACACGGCGUGUGCAGAGCGUCGCCGGCAGACGAUUGUACCCAGCUGCUCUUAUGAAAGCGGAGACAAACCAAACUGCAUCACACAGAUGGGGAUCUGCAAUGCUGACUAUGUGUGCAGGUCUCGUCUCGCUCAGUUUCAGUACGACUGUGAACCGUCUGAAACAUCUGCCAACGGCUGCAGCCGCAGAGACCAUGGAGCCUGUCUCCUCGCCUACACGGGGCUCAUAGGAAGUACAAUGACUCCAAACUACGUCGACAACUCCACGUCCAGCGUGGCUCCGUGGUGCACCUGCUCCUCCAGCGGGAGCCGCAAAGACGAGUGUGAAACGUUCCUGGGACACUUUACCAACAACAUCUGUCUCCGGAAUGCCCUCAUGACAUUUGGAAGUGGAUCAAACCAGCAGCCGUCCGUCAGCCUGCCCAUUUCACCAAGUACACCAAGUACACCCAGUACACCCAGUACACCCAGUACAGCCAGUAGAUCCAGCCCUGGCCACAGCCAGGGUAGGGUUAGUGACAGGAUCACCACAUCUCCACAAGAAACGACAGAAACUAUGAGGAAGUUUCUGGACACACUCAUACCAACACAGGCUCUGGGAAACGAACUGCUACUGGGCCAGUCCAACCCGCCAUCCGACAGCCUCCAAAACGCCGCCUCGCCCUCCAGCUUAGAGCUCCAAGCGGCCUUCAGCCUUAUGUUGUUGCUCCUUCAUCUGCUCAACAACGGACGCUAAAGACUGCAGGGGUGCGUGCUGAGGAGCCUCGUAGCACCGUGCCGACUUGAGGACCCGUGCUGUUCAGAGGAACAAGGACUGUGUGGCAUUCGUCCUCCCUCUAAAUAUGUACCGCCAUUCAGUUUUUCUUUUUUUGUGUCUGAGAGGUCCAGCUUCCUGCAGACAACAGCCCGUCAUACCCGGCUCUCAGCUCUCAAACUGUAUUUGUUCAAAUGAAAAUAUACCAUGUGUAUAUAUAUAUAUAUAUAUAUAUAUAUAUAUAUAUACAGUAUAUAUUAUAUAUACUGUAUAUAUGAUGAAAGACGUGCACAGUGUCAGUGAACAUUUGUAAAUCAACUAAAGCUCUUAUUUCAAAUGGUGUUGAGGGGAGAUGGUCGGGCUGCGUCAGUGAGCUCUGUGCACGAUGUGAUUGUGAAGCUGCUUCAGUAUAUGAAGCUCUAAU